AAAAACCCCUCUCGAACCACACCGCUCAGCUCCAUCCAUGGACACCGUCUAGAGCCCCUCCCUCCCUCGCCACCGUCAGCCACCGCAGCACAAUGUCCGCCUCCAAGCUCUUCCUCUUCGGCACCGCCCUCUUCCGCCCCCGCGCUCCCCUCCCUCCUCCGCCUCCCCUCCUCCUCCUCCCCAGGCCGCUCCGCUUCCGCAGCUACUGCUCCUCCGCCUCCGCCGCCGCCGAAGCCGCCGCGCCCGUGGCCUCGCAGGCGCCCCUCCUCCACCACCCGUGGCCCGAGUGGGUGAGCUUCGUCGACCGCCUUAAGGCCAAGGGCUACCUCGCCGGGCGGUCGCCUCCGGGCGAAGGGAGCGACGAGGUUCCGGUUGGGAAGGAGCUAGGCGACGUCGUCGAGGACGGCGCGCUGUACAAGGAAGUAGGUUCGUUGAAGGAUCCUUGCCUCAGCUUCGCGCGCGACAGAUACGACGUUUUCAAAUCGUUGUCUUUACAACACAUUCAAACAGUGGUGGAGCAUGGAUGCCCCAAUCUUCUUCGCAAGGCUGUCAACUCCGGGAAAAGGUUGAGAGUCUAUGUGCGACUCGAUGAAGGGGAUGUCUGCAGUGCGUGCAACCUGCGAGGCUCUUGUGAUAGAGCUUAUGUGAUACUCAAGGAAUCUGAAGCUGCUGCUCGCACAGUAGAUAUUGUCCGGAUAUUGUUAUUCUAUGCAACAGAUCCACUUGUUUUUUCAGCUGGUCAGAAACCUCCUGGGAGAGACCUUGUUGAAUCAUCUGCGAGGGAAUUGCUUUCUCAGUUAGUUAAACUGAGUGAGACAUCCCCUGAUCCAGAACUCCCCAAACCUGCUACAAAAGCUCGGCGUGCAGAAAAGCAAUCAAUUGAUUUUGUUGACGAUAAUUUGUCACAAGAUGUGGAAAUGAGGAGGGGUGACUGGAUGUGUCCCAAAUGCAAUUUCUUGAACUUUGCUAAAAAUAUUCGAUGCUUAAAAUGUAAGGAAGAUGGCCCCAAACAAGUUGACAUGGGUAAUGUCGAGGUUAAGAAAGGAGAUUGGAUCUGCCCUGAAUGUAACUAUGUCAAUUUUUCUAGAAAUGUACGUUGCCUAAAAUGCAAAACUCAGGGCCCAAAGAAGGUUGGUGUCGAUGAGGUGGAAAUGAAGCAGGGGGACUGGAAUUGCCCAGAGUGCAGUUUCAUGAACUUCGCAAGCAAACAGAAAUGCUUGUGCUGUCAGGAGCCUCGUCCCAAAAGAAAGUUAAAUUAUGGAGAGUGGGAAUGUCCUUCGUGUGACUACUUGAAUUUCAGAAGGAACGCGUCGUGCCUAAAGUGCAACCACGGGCGGCCCCAAGAAACGAGGACGGAGUAUGACGAGCAAAUAUGGAGGAGCCCUCGUUAAGCUAAAUCUCAAUAAGGCGGUCGGAAUAGUUCGAUGGCGUGAUCUCAAGCAAGCUGCUUCCGUUUGCUUACGUUCCGUUUAUACGGCAUGCAGAAAGAGCAUUAGUUUUCACUUUCAUUUUGUUUUGUAAAUUUGUAGUUUCCCCAAAUUUUGUGAGUUAAAAUAGAAGAAGAGAUAUGAUUAUAAGUUGACAAAUGGGAUCUUAUACGCUGUAUGGCCCGCCAAGCAUUCCGUUCCGGUAAAAGAGGUUGGUGUAGCUACUGCAUAUUUUGGCCUGAUGUUCUAAGGAGUCAUACUGAUCAUUUUGGUAGCUCUAUUAGAAUAGUCUAUAAAAUUAGUAUAUUAAGUGAUGUCAUGGCCAUUUGCGCUUUCAAUAGAAAACAUCAUUACCUA